UAAGCCAGGAGCCACACAAAAAUCCCAACAAUAAAACCCAUCAUUUUCUCUCCCAAACUCUCUCUCAUUUCCCACAAUUUCAUCCCACCCUUGAAAUUCCACCUCUCAUGACCCCAACAAACAAGGAUCUCCAUUCUCUUUUUUAACUCUCAUCGAUCCUCUGUGCUCCCUCUCCCUUCGUCCCUUCUCAACAAUUCACAAGGCCCGACCUUCUUCGGUGGCAAUAUGGCGAAUUCAGCAUCUGGAAUGGCUGUUGAUGACGAGUGUAAGCUGAGGUUCAUGGAACUUAAAGCAAAAAGGAGCCACCGAUUUAUCGUUUUCAAGAUUGAAGAAAAGAUCCAACAAGUGGUGGUGGAGACAGUGGGAGAACCUCAACAAAGCUAUGAUGAUUUCACUGCCAGUUUGCCAGCCAACGAGUGCCGAUAUGCUGUCUACGAUUUCGAUUUCACUACCGAUGAGAACGUUCAAAAGAGCAAAAUUUUCUUCGUUGCAUGGUCUCCUGACACAUCGAAGAUAAGAAGUAAGAUGUUGUAUGCUAGUUCAAGGGAUAGAUUCAGGAGAGAGCUUGAUGGGGUUCAAGUUGAGUUACAGGCGACAGAUCCUAGCGAAAUGAGCUUGGACAUUGUCAAGGAACGAGCCUUCUAAACAAAGCUUUUAAUGGAGGUUUCUUUUACUUGGCACUCUAAAUUAUUAGAGCCAAGAUUAUUUUGUACUCUUACCUUGCAGAACCUUAUAUUGGCCGGUCACUUGAGUUGUGGUAGAAUUGGUCAGUUUAGGGACUAUUUCUAUUAUCAACUGACUUUUCCGGCAGGAUUUCUGAUCGAUGGGGUGCAUAAUCAUGCCAAUCUGAUUUUCAAUCUUGAUUUUUACUUGGGACGAUUUUUAUUUUAUUUUAUCUUAUUGGGUUUUCUCGAGCAUUUGAAUGGGAAUGAAAGUUUCAGCUC